GGACUAUCAUCAGGGAAGUUCGUUUCGUUCGAAGUGGUAAUAGCAUAAGCAUAGCGAAGAAAGGAAAACUUUGAGCAUAGGAAGCAACGAAAAGCGUAGUUUUUCGAUUUAUUUUCCAGACGUAAUUAGCCUUCGAAAGUGGAGUAAAAUCAGAGACAAAAUUCGAUGAGAACGCGAAAUUGAAGGUUCUGUCAUAGUGCAGCACAGUUUAGACGUCGUCGGUCUGGUGUUCUAUAUCGUUUGAAGAAAGAAGAAAUUUAGUUUUCACUGGCUUCGCUGAACAAAGUACACAAUGUCCGAGAAUCGGGAAGAAAUACUGGCCAAUUUUCAGAGUAUUACCGCAAUUGAGGACGUUGCUGAAGCAAUCUAUCACUUGGAAGAAAGUAAUUGGGAUCUCUUGGUUGCUGUGCAUCGAGUAUUUCCGCAGGAUCCACAAGACCAACGCACAUCUGCUGGUGGCAAUGGAGGAGGCGGUGGUGGUGGUGGUGGCGGCGGCGGCGGCAGUAGCUCCUCGCUGAUUAACUUCAGUAGUGACAGCGGAGCCACGGGAUCAGCUUUUGCUAGCUAUUCGAAUAACUUGAAUAACCUGGAAGCGAUGGCAAAUGUGGAGGAACUUAUGACAGCACCCUCGUCCCCCGUCAAGAAUGCCCUUGGUCCUGGAAGCAGUGACGCUUCAAGUAAUAAUCGUAGUCUAGAUGCUGACUUUUCUUUUGAUGAUUCGUUUGGAUUUAUUGAACCAGGAGCAUCUUCUUCGCGAUCAAGCAGCAACAACGAUUUUCGCAGUGCACUGAAUUAUUUAGAUACCAAACCGCAUGAAGUGGUAUUCAGGAUCCACUUUAACAACGACUUGCACGUAAUCAGCAUAUCGAAUCACGCCACGGUUGGGGAAUUAAAAGCCAAGAUUUGCGAAAAAACUGGCGUAGCAGUUUGUCGGCAAGCACUGAAGGGAUGGGAACAGGGCAAGCAGAAGGGUGUACAAAAUUCCACAACGGUGCUCAAAUCGCUCAAUAUAGGCAAGGAAGUUAAUCUCAUCUUGACAGAUAUGACCGUUGAAGGCUUCGUUGGAGAAUCCAGUGACCCACUAUCCUCGCAGAACAAGCAGAUUUACACACUGCACAUUAACGUUCAGCCGGAGGCCGGUUUGUUGGUGCUCAAAUUUCCUGGGCAGCAGAAUAUUCUGUCCAUCAAAACGGAUGUUUACACCAUCACGGACAUUCCGGUACGGCACCAGGUGUGGUCUGGCUGGCCCAAUAACGUAACCAACACCACGACUUUAGCCGAAUCCGGCGUUGAAAGGGAACAUAAUUUGGUACUGAAACGAGCCGACCAGGAGGGGUCGGUAAAGAUUACGAACAACAACACUGCAGCUAAUACGGCUAGUACUAGUACUAGUAGUAGCAGUAGAAAUGUUUUCAAUAAUAGUGACAGCAUGCCCAUCAUUAUUGAUUCCGAGAGCAGCGGUGAGGAGUUCGAGGAUGCUUCUGACUUUAACAAUGACGACGAUAUUUUCACAGAGACGCCCAUCAACAGCCACUUAAAGCAUUUGAUUCCUGACAAUGUAGAUGACGAAACGAUCGGGAGCAUACAGUUUGUGGAAAACUUUGUAGAACGGUACGGUCCGCAGCAUCCGAUGUUUUUCCAAGGAAGUUUGGAAGAUGCACUGAGGGAAGCAUGCCGCCCGUCGGCUCGAGAUCGCAAAUUGAUGGCGAUCUAUCUGCACCAUGAUGGCAGCGUACUGACGAAUGUAUUCUGUGGCCAGUUGCUUGCCUGUGAAAGCAUAAUUCAAAUGUUUUUAGAUCAUUUUGUUCUGUAUGGUUGGGAUCUGACAUUCGAAAGCAAUAAGAAUAUGUUUUUAUCGUCUAUAUCGGCAUGUGUUGGAAUGACUGCCUCGAUAACAGUCCGGAACAUUCCAACUGAUAGAUUACCAGCCAUUCUUGUGAUAGCAAAAAAUCGCAGUCAAUGCGAGGUUUUUCAGGUUAUUUAUGGCAAUGUCAGCGUUGAUGAUUUACUAUCACAGUUGAUGGAAGCUGCGGAUAUGUAUAGUGAACAGCUGAAGAUCGAGCUACGCGAAGAAAAUGAACGCCUAGCCCGGGAACAGGUUAAAUUGGAGCAAGACGCUGCCUAUCGCGAAAGCUUGGAAGCAGAUCGGGCGAAACAAGAGGCAAAACGUCAGAAAGAGUUGAUGAUGCAAACCGAACGGCGUCGGCUGGAAUCCGAGCGAGCGGAUGCAGAAGCAAAACGAGAGCUAAUUCGUGUCAAUGCCAGAAUCACCGUCCCCCCGGAGCCUGACCAGAUAGCUGGGGAAAAUAUAACCAAAAUUAGAAUUAGACCACCGACGGGCCCGAUGCUGGAAAGGCGAUUCACGACCGAUACUUCUCUGCAAAUACUACUGAACUUCAUCACAGGGGAAGGGUUCCUGAUCGACGAGUACAAGGUGAUUUCGAGUUGGCCACGAAGAGAUCUCACGGCUUUGGACUAUAAGGAAACUUUGAAAGCACUCAAAUUGUAUCCACAGGAAACGUUAAUUUUAGAAGAGCGAUGAUUGCAUCACUGAAGAUUGCAUUAUCAAGAAGGCCGUAACCUACCCUCAAAACCUGUCACUGUUUCCGACCCAUAAUGUACUAUCAAGUGACAUAAAAUAAUAGGUUAGCAUCGGAUUAUAUUUUCCUCUCAACAAUCAGUCGAAAAAUAGAAAAUUUUCGUCUCAAAAUUUGUUGUGUCAUCUCUGUUUUGUUGUUCUGAACCUACACAAAAAUUACAUAUUAAAAUGAUAGCGAUUAUGAAAUUUUCUUCUUAAAAUUGAUAACAUAUUUAUUCAGAAACGUUUGGCUCUAUUUUUGAAUUAUAAUUUUGCACUGGCAGUUUCUCUUCUUUGCAAUUGGUUUGUAUUAAUCAGCAGAAGGGGCAUAACUUCCGUUACUGAAAUGCAGAACAGACUUCAAGCCUAAAAUAUAACGCUUAACUUGAAGAAGAGCAGACAUCAGAUGAAACAGCAGUGGAAAAUUUGUACAGAAAAAUUAAAGUAAACAACUGAAUAAGCCAAUCGGGCAGUGCAGAGAAUAAACAG